AUGGACAUGGAAGCCUUUCGGGCCUACUUCCUCUCCCACGCCGCGUUCGUCGUGCGCGCCGUGCCCUCCUCCCCCCCCAUAGAACCACCGCUUACCGCCGCCGGUGCACCGUCGAGCGGGGGCGGUGCGAGGGUUUGUACUGCGGGUGACAGCAGCCGCGACACGGUAGGUCGCGAAGGCGGGGGAGGGGACGGGGCGGCCUGCGGAGAAGAAGGGGCCCCGUGUUCUCCGGGUGGGGUGGCGGGAGACGCGGCAGGCCCAACGGGCCACUCGGAGGUCCGGUCGUCGGAAGGGCUGAUGAGUCCGCCGGGAGAGCUGGCCUCUUCGUGUCCUCCGGAACGGUCAGUUCGUUCGUCGGGCGCAGCGACCGGGUGUUCGCCAGAGGACCGAGCCGUGGCGGCAGCGGCUACAACGGCGGCAGCAGUGGCCGCAACAAUCGGUAGCGACGAGGCGAGGAACGCUGGGUCGACCGCGGUGGAGGAGGAAGAGGAUAACGAACGGGACGCCGGUAUGAAGGUGUGGGGAGCGUUCUACAUCAAGCCCAACUUUCCGGGAAGGUGCUCGCACGUCUGCAACGGGGGCUUCAUCACGGACCCGCGCAGGAGGCAGAGGGGGGUGGCGAGGCUGAUGGGACACGCGUUCUUGCGGUUCGCGAAGGACCUGGGCUACCGGGCGAGCUACUUCAACUUGGUGUUUCGCAGCAACGAGGCGUCUCUUCGGCUCUGGCGAGGCCUUGGCUUCACGGAGCUGGCCGUGGUGCCCAAGGCGGCCCGCCUCAAGGGCAUCGACGGAUUGGUAAAAACGAAAAUGAAUUUUGCUGCCUAACACUGUUUUUUCGAGCUAUGUCCGUGUGUCACUAUUUCAUUGUUGCAAUAUCCUCUUUUUAGUUGAUAUCGAUCAACAGUGCACGACAUUGACGUUUGCCGCCUUUUUUGUCUGUGCAAGGCCGAUUUCGUCACCACAGACUUGUGCCGUCGCCGCAGAAUGUCCGAAAGAUCGCCUCAAAUGUUCCAUUCAUCGCAGACACGUUUCGGCACCCUUGCAACCCCUGGGUCGUUACAGGUCGACGCGAUCCAAUUCCACUACGACUUGGACAACCUACGGCAUGAGGACCUCCCUCAAGACCUGCGCGAAUCUCCCUAGGUCGGCUUUCCUCUAUUGCCGUCGAUGAGGAGGAAUUAUCAGGGUUCUGGACUCCGAAGCUUUCGCUGGUGCGUAGGACGGGCGACACAAGGAUCGAUGGCGAGCCGACUGUUUGAUCCUCCCAGCAGCUGAGGACCUGCGGCGUGGAUCUCGCAGCCCAGGUAUCUUCGUGUAUCCAUCACGCGGGAACCCUGCAUCUCCUGCGGAGGCUGGCCGGCCUCCUGCACUCGACCAGGAUAAGAAACCCCGACGAUCUCGCCAAUGGUUGGUCAGUAUCUUGUUUCUUGGCGGAUCAGUGGUACACUGCUGUCAAAACCUCGGAGGCGGCUGCUGCGGUUUCGUCUUCGUUGUUCGCUCCUGCCGAGCCCCUCUCGUCCUUCCAUGACGACUUCUGCGACGUCUCAAAGCAUUGCUGGGGACGGCCA